AUGCCAAUCCUCGUGAUGACGGCUUUGGCGUUCAUGGAGUACUCCAGUGUAAGGCCAGGCAACAAGCUCCAACCAACAUUCGUUCUAUCAGUAGCCUCUUUGGCUCAAGCCACUUGGAUCAAUACAUGCAAGUUUCCCUUCCGCGCAUCUCCCAUCGCUCCUCUUGUCCAGAUGCAACCAAACUGCUCUCGCCCUCGCCGCUCCCCCCGCCUUCCGCUGGUUGCUCUAACCAUCGGCUCCUAUCCGGCCAGCGGCAUCGAUAACGGCCUGGGCAUCACGCCGCCUCGCGGCUGGCGAAGUUGGAACCUUUUCCACGGCGCCAUCAAUGACACCGUGAUGCGCGCUCAGAUGGCGGCCGUGUUGGACAAGUCGAGGAGCGUGGACGGGAAGCCGACCAGCCUGGCGGAGCUCGGUUUCGACUGGAUUUCGAUGGACGAUGGUUGGCAACAGUGCAACUGCUCUUUCCCAGGCUUUCCUUCUGACCCUUCACUGCCCAAGUGCCCGAAUUGCAAGGAGGGUGGCUGCUCCUGGCACAGCAGUGACGCAGAAGGGGGCAGGCCUCUCGUGGACAGUCACAAGUUCCCGGACAUGAAGGGGCUGGUGGAUUACGGCCAUUCGUUAGGCCUGAAGGUUGGCAGCUACUUGAACAAUUGUAUCUGCAUGGAGGGGGGCGAUCCACCCAUGGGCCAACAUUGCAAUUCGCCCACGCACUACCAGCAAGAUGUAGCACGUGGCAUAUUACAUUAUAUCUACCGGCUUUGA